AUGUUUCGUUCCUGCUUCCUACGAUGCUUAAAGGACUCCCAUGAUCCUAUAAAAUUAUUACAUGAUGUAGAAAUUACUAUAGGUCGAAGUAAGGUCACUAGAAUCACCGACCAGGCUUGUUCAAGAGCACAAUUGUCCCUCAAAGCUGACUGUGAAAACUGUAUAGUUCACGUCAAACAGCUGGGAGUCAAUGCAUCAGGCCUUGAUGGGUGUGCUUUAGCAAAAGAAGUGGCAUAUAAAGUAGAACAUGGUUCCCGCCUAGAAAUCCUUUUGAAUAAUUAUAUAUACAUUAUUGAAUUUGACCCACCUCCUGAGCUAGAUGAUAACAAACGAUAUAGUUCUAAAAGAAAGUUAGAAUCAAAUGAAGAACCACCUCCAAAAAAAAAAAGCAUUAAAAUGAUUUCAAAGGAAGUUGGUAAUAUUUUAAAAGCUGCAAUCGAUGAUGUAUGGGAGGAAAUUGACAAAGGUGAACUUUAUGUGUUUACUUCCAAAGGAGUAAAAUCUAGUUCUAAGGUAGCAGGUUUUGAUAUGGAUGGCACACUGAUAACAACAAAGUCUGGUAGAGUUUUUCCUGUUGACAUUAAUGACUGGAAAAUUGCAUUUCCAACUGUGGAAAAAAAGUUAAAAGAAUUAUUAGAAAGUGGAUACAAACUGGUGAUACUUAGUAAUCAAGCUCCAAUAGGUAAUGGGCGAGUUAAAAUAGACGAUUUUAAACUAAAAGUUGAGGCAAUUGUAAAGAAAUUGGAUGUACCUAUACAAGUUUACCUAGCAACAUGUAAGGGAUUUUAUAGAAAACCACUAACUGGCAUGUGGAAAGUUUUGACUGAGCAGAAAAAUGAUGGUAUAAGAAAUAUAGACAAGGCUGAGAGUUUCUAUUGCGGUGAUGCUGCAGGAAGGCCUGCUAAGUGGGCACCAGGCAAAAAGAAAGAUCAUUCAAUGGUUGAUAAGAUGUUGGCAGAAAAUCUUGGCCUUCAAUUUUACACUCCAGAACAAUUUUUUUUGGGACACUCAAUUGCUAAUGUACCAAUUGCUAAACCAGAAUUUAACCCUAAAGAAUUGAGUUCUGGUGAUUUUAAUCAUAAUUUGAUUAGUACAGCGAAAGAGGUUCUUGUGUUGGUUGGUUACCCGGGCAGUGGUAAAUCAUUUUUAGCUAAACAAAUUGAACAAAAAUCUCAAUAUGCAUAUUGUACUGUAUGCAGGGAUACCCUUGGCUCUUGGCAGAAUUGUGCAUCGGAUGCAAAAAAGUUUUUGCAGCAAGGUAAAAGUGUUAUAGUAGAUAGCACUAAUCCAGAUAGAGAAUCUCGGGCGCGUUGGGUAUCUCUUGCUAAACAAAUGGAUGUGGAAUGUCGUUGCAUAGUAAUGACGGCAAGCAUGGCUCACGCAAAACAUAACAAUAAAUUCAGGGAAUUAGUGAAAACAAAUCAUUUGACUGUUACUGACGUUGUAUACCAUACUUACAAAAACAAAUUCACAGAACCAUCCACCAACGAAGGCUUUAAAGAAGUUAUCAAGGCCCAUUUUAACCCUUGUUUUGAAGAUGAGGAAACUGAAAAAUUGUAUAAAAUGCAUUUGUUAGAAAAAUAA